AUGAUGGACAAAGAUAUCCCUGGUUUCGUCGUCGACUUUUUAAAAGAGGCACAAAACAAAUAUUUUGUACAAAUUGACUCGGGGUAUCUGAAGGAUGUAUUUAAUACAACUGGCCUCGAGCAUUACGUCCAUGGGUUUGAGGAUGCUUACCGUCUCUUAUGUGGGGAGAAAAUAGCUGGGAGUGACGAGUAUUUAACUUUUUGUAAUGAAGGAGCAAGAGAAUUGUAUGGUCUUCUUCAUUCCCGGUAUAUCAUGACGGAAAUGGGGGUGUUUAAAGCCAAAGAAAAAUACAAAACACAUGAAUUUGGUGAAUGCCCUCGUUUUUUCUGUAACAAAACGGGGUUGUUGCCUUGUUCUCUAUCGGACAUCCCUAACGAGACUAAGCUCGUGAUGUACUGUCCGUCUUGUAAACAUAUGUAUAGUCCCCCAAAAGUAUUUUCACAGAUCGAUGGCGCGUAUUUUGGGAAGUCGUUUGCGCACCUUUUCGUCAUGACCAACCCAGACCUUGUGACAAAAACAAAUCCACAACAGAUCAAAUACCAGCCGUCAUUGUUUGGCUUUAAAAUGUAUACUGGAGAGAUCAGUAAGUUGCCGUCAAACUUCUCGCCGAAGAAAUCGUUCUUUACAAAAAUACAGUGA